CUCAGGAUGUACAUUGCAGGUGUUGAAGGCGGUGCGACACAUUCCACCUUGGUAAUCUGCGAUGAGGCGGGACAGGUGGUCGGCCGAGCGAAGGGCCCAAGUACAAACCACUGGGCGGUUGGAAUUCCGGGCGUAGCAGAACGGAUCGAUGCAAUGGCCCGUGCCGCCAAGGCAGAAGCGAAUCUGCCAGAGGACCAACAGCUGACAGCGGUCGGGCUAUGUCUCAGCGGUGCCGAAGCAGAGGAAACCAAUCGCGAGCUGGAGACGUAUCUUCACACGCACUACCCGAUGGUGGCAGAACGGUACGUGGUGUGCAGUGACACUGUCGGCAGUAUUCAGGCCGUCUCGAACCUGGGCGGUAUGGUGAUUAUAGCCGGAACCGGAUCAAACACGCUGCUGCGCAAUCCGGACGGAAGUACUCAUGGUUGUGGUGGGUGGGGUCACAUGAUCGGUGAUGAAGGUGGUGCCUGGUGGAUUGCACGCAACGCAAUCAAGACCGUGUUCGACCAUCGGGACAAUUUGAAGCGAUCCAAGCACCCAAUCGACCGGGUCUGGCAGCUGAUCCAGGAACACUUUGGCGUGCGGACAUUGCACGAUCUGCUCGAUCACAGCUACGGGCGAUUCUGCAAGACGGCGUAUGCGGGACUUUGUGCUAAGCUGGCUCGAGCUGCGCUCGACGAGCGUGAACCCCUCUGCUACAAGCUGUUCAACGAGGCGGGUCAAUCGCUCGCACGGUCCGUGUGCGCACUGCAGGAUAAAAUCUCCCCGGAGUUGUUGCGCCCGUCGGCUGCAGGUUCGACCUCCGCACUGCUCGAUAUCGUGUGCGUCGGUUCGGUGUGGCUUAGUUGGGAGCUGUUGCGCGAUGGGUUCGUGUCGGAGCUACGGUUGCAAGGAUUCCCGCACGAUUUGCGCCUGUUGCGUCUGACCACGACAAUGGCGCUCGGGGCCGCUUACCUAGCGGCGGACACGUACAAGCUACGUUUGCCGCGAGACUACACCGGCAACUAUGACGUGUUCUACACGUACCGGGCAGUGGCGAGCGAGAACGGUAACGGAACGGAACAUCAAACGAACGGCCGAAGCUAA